AUGCAGUUAAGGAUAUCACAUGUUUAUUUAGCAUUGCCAACGGAUACAUUAGCAACACCAGAAGCUGAUGUACAGCGACUAGUGUGGGCCGUCACUGGCAUUUUUGUCGCAUUUUCCGUCGUCUCCUCUGCAUUAUUAAUCCGAGCUCAUUUAAAUCACUUUACACAACCCAAUGUCCAAAGCAAGAUUAUCGGUAUUUUAUGGAUGGUACCCAUUUAUGCAACUGACUCGUGGUUAUCACUGCGAUUUAAAGAUGCGGCCCUUUAUUUGGAUUUAAUGCGCGAUUCGUACGAGAGUUACGUCAUUUAUUUAUUCCUGGCUCUAUUGAUUGCGUACUUGGGUCAAGGCAGCAAUGAUCGUGUUCUUCAUAUGAUGCAUGGAGUCUCAUCACAUUUGCUCGAGCAUCCAUGGCCAUUUACGAAAUGUUUGAAACCAAUUCCGAUGGGCCCUCAAUUUUUACGAGAUUGCAAAUUGGCAACAAUGCAAUUUGUCAUUGUGAAACCCAUGAUGGCAUUCAUUGCAAUUGUGCUGAGACUUAAUGAUAUGUAUGAACAGGGUAAUUUUAGUGCCAAGAAUGGGUAUUUGUACACAAGUUUGAUCGUCAAUGCAUCAAUCACGUACGCGUUUUACUACCUCGUACUCUUUUACUUGGCAUUAAAUGCACAAUUAGCGCCAUACAAUCCCGUACCCAAGUUUUUAUGUAUCAAGGUGGUGCUAUUCCUGUCAUUCUGGCAAAGUGUCGUACUAGCAUUUCUCUCGCGUUUUCAAAUCAUCCACGAGCUUGGAUCGUGGAGUGUUGAAAAUGUCACCACGGGCAUUCAAAAUUUACUCAUUUGCUUUGAAAUGUUCUUUGUAGCGCUAGCUCACCAUUACGCGUUCCCGUAUAAACCAUACGUGCACGGAAAUCCGGCACUACGUACAAACAUCUUGGCUGACCAUCUUGCUUUCGAAGAUGCCAUGCGCGAUUUCAACGAGGUCAUGCCUGUGGUAUUACCAACGCCAUUCACACCUGGCGCAGCCACAUUGAAGACAAAGAAGAAGUAUGAAAUGGUCCAUCCGAAGGAUCUAUUUGCUACAGAAACUACGGAAACUGUAAGACUGCUGUACGAUGAUGAAAAAUCAUCUGAUGCCGAAAGCGAAUCGUCUUUGGAGCCGAGGGGUUCACGUGGCUCGACAGGUUCGAAUUUGAGAGGUAGUAAGACAGGCUCGCGCGGUUGGAAGCUGUAG